GCUUGAUUGUUCUACCCCUAUUCCCACUCUACCUACCCCCCCUGUAGUCUGUGAACACCGGCACCUCUCAAGUACCGCAUCAGUUCAGACUGAUGUCGAUGGAACAGGACACCGGGGCACUGCCACGGCGCAGUGCCAGGAUCGCAGUUCGUGCCCGCCCUGCGGUACCUCCAAGACCCAAGAGAUUCAGCAGACGGACGACUCCAACGGCAUCAAGUACGGCGUUGACAGUACAAGACACCACCGGAGAUCUUCUCGCAUGCCCGGUGCGAGAGGCCAGCGAGCCUUGGGCUGACUAUCGUGGGUGGCUACAGGCAUUUACAGACGCCGUAGCCGCCGCCGAGGCUCAGCAGGCUGCGGCAGAGGCAGAACGUCAACGCCUGGCAAAAGAGACGGCAGUCGAGGCUCAGCGGACAGCUGAGACUGACGAAGAGGCACGAAACAGACGGAAUGUCGCCAGCACGGAGUCCCUGAUUGCUAGUGAGCAUCAGUGGACAACGUUACUCCAAGGCAUGAUCUUUGUGCCUACGGAAACGCAGGCGGAACCGGCACAGGCGGAGGCAGAGAGAAGUAACCUGGCUACCGUGAUGUUGAACGUAAUGAGGGGAGUAAUGUGGAACAACAAACUACUGCAGGCACACCUGCACACGGAACGACARCAAAGACAUCARUACCAGCAAGACCUGGCCGCUGUAACGGCCGGCGUCCGCGACGCAGCAAUGCAGCAGCAGCAACAGCAACAGCUGAUGAACUCUACCAUCGCACGCAUCAACGGCAUUGAGGCCAAGGCCUCAGCAGCGCCAGGCUGCACGACARACGCGACGAAGCAAAUCAACGAACGCAUCGAUCACGUCGUCACCAUCAUCGGCGACAUAGGUGUUUUCAACGGACCGGACACGAUCAGCAGCACGGUGGCCGCCAUCAAGACAGACAUCACCAAGCUACAGACGAGACCGGACGCCGCUACAAAGAUGUUCACGAUGCCGCACUUCGACAUCUGCAAGUUCGACGACUACAACAAGUCGGACGCUUUGACAUGGUGGCAACGUUUCCUCACGGAAGCGUCAUGCCGCACUGUCCCGGCGAACGACAUGUUGAAGGCACUCUAUUUGCAACUGAUUGGAGGAGCGCAGGCAUGGAUGAACCACUUGGCAGCCACCCACAAGUGCACCAUCGCCGAACUCCACACGCACAUCACGUGGCAGGAGUACGAGAGCUUAGGGUUCACCCGGUUCAUGGUCCACAACGUCGUGAAGGCGGCCAUGAAUGAGGUGUACACAUGCUCUCAGGGGAACAUGCCAACUCAAGACUGGACAACGAAGUGGCAAAAGAUAGUGACCACACCAGGCUUCGACUUGACAUUUCCAAAUCAACGAUCCGAGUUCUUCUCACGAUCAUGCGCGGGAUUGCGGUCGGCACUCGGUAAUGAGUACGACUAUACCACAUUCCAGGGCAUUCUGGAUCGAGCGAACUUGGCUGCCGACAUAGACGUCCCUUGCUCUUCCGCUUCCAUCCGGAAGUACCGGGACUUGCUGAUCAAAGCCCGCGCAAAUAUGCAAAAGGCUCAGAUCCGCAUGCAGCAGCAGGCUAACCGACGUCGACUUCCAUGUCCUUUCCGCGAGGGAGACCUUGUUUGGGUCCUCUCCGAGGAAUUUGCGCUCGAGCAGGAUGUUUUGCGCAAACUCCUUCCGAAAUGGUUCGGACCAUGGGAAGUCAUUUCUGUUGUUGGAGACGACCCCGCAGGUCCUUCCUUCGUGAUCAACAUUCCACCGCACCUGACAGUGCAUCGGGUCUUCCACGCAUCGAAGCUGGCCAUCUACACGCCACCUUCAGCUGACGAGUUCCCCGGACGUCGAUCACAGGAUCCGCCUUCUAUGGACGGACAUCAGGAAGUUGACCGAGUCAUCACACACCGCAAGUAUGGCAACAAGCCAAGGCAGUUCAAAGUCACAUUCAAGCAAUGUGCGCCUGAUGACACUCGGCAACAAGCCAAGGCAGUUCAAAGUCACAUUCAAGCAAUGUGCGCCUGAUGACACUCGGUGGAUCUCCAGUACAG